CAGCUUUCCCCCAGUGCCACCGUGCAUCGGCUGGCGUCGGGCAUGUCGCUUGGUGCCUGAUGCGACGGUUGUUUUUAUGGGCGACGCUGUUGGCCACGGCUUGGGCGGCUGCAAAACAGGAUUGGAUCGCGUGGAAGGAUGGUAAAAAUCAAGGCGAUCCAAGUAGUGGCCGCUGGCAUCGCAUUCCGCGCUCCGAACGCUUCCAGAAUUUCUCCUGGGAGGGCGAAGAAGGGAGACGAGCCGUGAACGGCUAUCGCUACUUCUUCAAAGAUGCCUCGCACUACACCAUUGGGAAUGAGUUGGGGGAGCGGAUCGAAGUCUGGCAGCCCUUCGCAGAAGAUUUUCCCGACAGUGCGGUAUGUGCCAACAUCCGUGGUGCGUUGUUCAACCUCUACCAGCACAAUCUGAGUCAGGUGCAUCUCACAGUUCGGAACUCUGGCUGGUUCAACGUGUCGAAAGAGCCCAUCUGUCAGGAGGGAGCGCCCUGUCCGAACCUCAUCCUCUUGGGAUCCUCACAGCUGGCAGAACGCGUAGUGGCGCAUCGUGUCAGGGUGUUGAAUCACUUCAUGGAUCUCUACCUGCAACAGAAAUUGGCACGUCUGCAAGACGAUUUUCCCAGUGUGGCUUACUAUCAGUACUUCUUCCAUGCGCAUUGGAUGGGCAUCCCGUUUCUGUCAGAUGUGCGGCUCCUGGCCUUCAACAAGACCACUCUGACCGGGCUCAACAUCUCAUUGCCGCCACCACAUUCCUUGGAGGAGAGUUGGAGUUGGCAAGAUCUGAAGAAAAACGCCUGUCGGAUCAAAGAGGUCACGGGAAAUCCAGGUCUGCUGGCCAAUUCGGAUUUCGACGAGGAUUUCAAGUUCUUCACGCUGAUGGUUCAGUCGGCUCAUGGGUCCCUGUACAAGGUCUCUAGCGAAGGUCCAGGGGAGCUGUACUGCGGUUUGAACUGCUCAAUGGCCGUGGAUGUCUUGGAAAACUGGUGGACUCCUAUGAUCCAGGAUCGCUGCAUGGCGGGACACAAUGGCAGAGGCUACUGGAAAAACAUGGCACCCGAUAACCCGUUGCUGGAGCACUUGUUGUCCAUUCCCGAGAUCGAUCCCGUGCAUCCUCCAUCCGUGGCAGACUUCUCGAACUACGACUACGACGACCCGGACCGACCCCAGGGUCACUUCCCUGGCUUCGUUUGGACCAGCGGCUUCGACGAGCGGCUGACCAUCGGCGACUGUGCGCCGGAGGCCCAACUUUGGUCCUUGAAGUUGUUGAACUGGGUGGAGCCCUGCAAAGAUGGUCCGGUGGUGCUUGGUGUGAACCUCACGACCUGCAAAAAGGAGAUGCUCUCAGAAGAGUUCAAUACCUUGACCUUCCAAGAUGGCACCUGCCGUCUUAAGCAGUGCAUUCGGCCAGCUGGGGCCAUCAAACUCUGGUACACCUCUCAGAUUUUGCGAACUGCUCCCAUGGAGGUCAGGAGCGGUUUGGUGUCGGUGUAUUCCCAGCACUGCUCCGAAAUUCUGUAUGCGGACAUGCCUGCGAAUCAUACCUUCCUGGGAGGUUCAGGCCUCAUCAUUCCCAAAGAGGCCGCCCAGCCGCGCUGCGAGGACGAGGACGAGGACAGCGAGGCCUGUCGGCGAGAGAGCCACGGAUGGAAGAUGAUCUUGGAGUUGACCAACACCAAGAAGCCCUUCAUCUCACAGGCAAAUUUGCUGAAGCAACAGAGUGUUCCUCCACCGCGCAGAAGCUUGGCCGAGCAGAAGGCUGUGAAUCCUCUGUGGAUUCCGGUGGUGAACGCCAUCAAACAUGGCAUCCCAUCACAGUAUCCCAAUGUGCCCAUUCCUGAAAGCGCUCAAAUCGAGGAUAUCAAACCCGUCCGCAUCGCGUUGAUCCGCAGCAUCCUGGGCAACAGCUCGGCGCGGACGUCCCUGGAUUCCACCUGCGGGAUCCUGGACGAACUGGUGCGGAAGUGCAACCGCUCCAGGUGGGAGGAUGACCCUCGCUGCGUGAAUCCCUUGGACGGGAAGCCGGGCUGCGAGGCGGGAAGGCAUCUGCAUCACGACCACUUUGGGAGCAUCAAAUGCUUGGCAUGUCCUACUGGCUUCUUCCUGCCGGCGCGGUCAGUGGAGAAGGAAUGUGAGCCCUGCCCCAGCGGAAGCUACGCGGCGGAGAGAGGCAGCACGGCCUGUGAGAGCUGCAGCGAUGGAUUGGUGGCACUGAGCAAAGGUCUGACAGGGUGCAACAACUGCAGUGCAGGACAAGAACCCUUGGGCACAGCCACCUGCCGCGACUGCACUGCGGGAACCUACCAGGACGGAAACCAGUGCGUGCCUUGUCAGUUGGGCUUCACCUCACCUCCCACGAGCCCAAGUCAGCAGUACUGUUUGCCCAAGCCCGAACUGAUCUGGCUGAACCUCGUCCUGGUCCUGGUCUUUCUCUCCAUCCUGCUGUUGCUGCCCCAGUUUUGCGGUAAGCCCGUGGCCGUGAAUGACAUCUUUUUAGACGAGGGGAAGUUAGUCCUGCAGACCUGGGGAAAUCAUCAAGUGGUUCGCUGGUCCUGUUUGCCGCCAAUCAAAGUGAGACUGAAGGGGACGAAUCACUACCUAUUGGAGGAGGAGACUGGCUGUGGGCGCGUCUUCCGGGUGAAGUGGCGCGGUCUGGACGAGUUGUAUCUGAUGGACGCCAAAGGCCAGCACAUUACCGAUGACAUCAACUCCUCCACUGGUCAGAUGUGGAUUUUGCCCCGGUGCACUCUGUGGGGCUCCAGCUUCUGCAAGAUCCCGGCGGCCAUCGUCAUGCUAGUGCUUCUGGUGAUCUUCGCUUUCUGCAUCUAUUUGGCCAUCACCAACGGUUUCGGAGAGGAGAAACGCUUGCCAUGGACCAUCUCUUUUUGUGUGCUUGGCGGCUUAGCGACCCUCUGCAUCUACUACUUCGUCUGGCAGUCACAGAUGCGCAGCACGCCCUUGAAGCGUCGAAGGGAAGUCUUCCGACAACGGCUGUUGAAGGCCAACCCCUGGCCAAGAGAGAGUCCGCGAGGCCCCGAUCGAGCGAUUACAGCUGAGAAGAUCAGCGAGCUCUUCGAAUACUUCCGCGAUUUCAUUGGUCAUCGCGACAUGCACUACGUGACCAACAACUUGCUGAUCCCCUUCACCAAGCCCUGGCGCCUCUCCUAUGCCGAUGUGGCGGGAGCCUGCCGCGCCUCCUGGUUUGUCUCGCAUUGUUGGAGCAACGGCUUCGAAGAUUUCAUUCUGAGUCUCAGGAAGAUGGCGGAAGGAAAGUCCAUUAGUGGCAACUGGCGCCCCGUGAGCUUCUGGAUUUGUUCCUUCAGCAACAAUCAGUUCAAGGUUAAGGAGGAGUUGGGCGAUGGCGAUCCACUGAAGUCCUCGUUCUACCUGGCGCUGCAGAGUCCCGAAUGUCAGGGCACCGCAAUGGUUUUGGACAACGACUGCACGCCUCUGCAACGCUCCUGGUGUCUCUUCGAGCUGCUGCAGACGCGCUACGUGGCUCCCAAGUACAAGAGCGGCUACGAGG